CUGCCAGUAGUUGCCACGCUUUGCAGUUUAUUCCAUGGUUACAAGCAACCAUGGACACUGGUUUAGGACAUAAAUAAUAAUGUAAGCACCAACAUUAGUGCGGAAUGAACCAUCGUUAUAGUGUAUUUUUAAACUCAUGUUUUAAACUUCCUGUUGAUCCAAUAAGUAAAAUGCCAAAAACCGCGUACGAACGUCGAAGGAGACCUGUAAUAGAUCAAGCUUCUAUUGAAUCGACGUCAACUGUAGACUCCGUUGCUGCUGCUGAUGCAGAUGCUGAAAAAUUAAAAGAUUUUUACCGCAGUAUUCCUGAUUAUAAUGAUAUUAACCAUUUGCCAGAAGAUGAAUUUUAUUCUACGUUAAAAUCUUUGAGAGAAAAAAAAAAAGUAAUGCUAGGUUUAGCUGUUGAACAUAUCGAUCACUGCAAUAGAAUUAAAGAUAGAAAUGAAGAAACAGAUAUGGUAUUUUGUAAAACAGAGGAAGAUAUAUCUUCGAAACCAAAAUUAAAAUAUAAUACUUCAAGGAGAAAAUAUUCUGCAGAAAAAAAAGGAGCAGAUAAAGUCAAAAGCGAAAUAACUAGAGUUUCUAUUCCAACGCCUGACAUGACAAUGAAACGGCCCUCUAGAAAAACUAUGAAAACAAAUGAACAAACUACUAUUAAUGAAACAAAACUCAUUCAAAAGGGUAGCUCCAUUAAAGAAAAGAACAAAUCAGAAAGGCCGAAAAGAAAUCAUUCAGCUUGUUCAAUAUCAUGGAAUGAUACAAAGUUUGAACGAAGGGAUGACGUCGACGAAAAAUUCGAUAAAUUCUUCGAUAAUAAAAAGUAUACUCCGAUAAGAAAAAGUAACGAGGACGAUGAAUUUAAAACACGAAGUAUGCCGUCAAGUCCACUGAGAAUGAAGCGUACUAUAUCACCGACUAGAGGACGCAGAAGUGUUACUAUUCCUAAGCCUUUCAAGAUGACAGAGAGAGACGAAGAGGAACGAAUUGUAAAUGAAUUACGAAGUCUUCGCAAAUCAUUCUCAGAUGAUAUGCUUGAUCAGAAGUGUAAGAGAAAGCAAUUUAGAGCCAAUCCUGUGCCAAUCGAAUCGCGAAUUCCUUUGUAUGAGAAGAUUUUGGAGGAUCAAGCUAUGAGAAGAGCGAUUACGAAAAUAAAUAGCGAAGCAGACUUGCGGGCCCAAAUGAAACCCUUCAGCUUUACUAAGCGAGAGGAGAAAGGACUCAACGGAAUGUGUGAAAGAGCCGCCCAUGCAAUACCCAAGAGCAAGAAAAAAAAGCGGUUCAAAGCUCGGCCAGUACCUAAAAAUCUGUUUUCUAAUUAUUUUUAUGAUAAAAUAAAAGAGGAUGAGUUUUUUCGGUCUAUGAAUCGUCGCAUCAGAGCAGAGGAACUAUUACGCACUUCUAAUUACCCAGGCACAAUGGGAACACGCGAGCGCAGCCGACUGUCUACACCAGCUGCCCAUAGUGACUUACCUAUUGAUCCUUCACCCGCAGUACCUUCAGUUACAUCGUCAGAUCGGCAAAGAUGCAACAGUCCGACAAAAAAUCGGAGAAGACGCAACAAAAUUGAUAAGGAAGAUUUUAUUACUACAAGCCCGCAACCAUUUCGUUUUAACACGGCUGAGAGAGCUGCUAAAAAAAUGACAGAAGUAACAAACAAGUUAUACCAGGAGAGUAAAAGUACAGGCAGCGUCGGUGGUAGCGGCGCUGAUGCUCCAGAGGCUCGGGCCUACUCUGCCUUGGAACUGCGUGCUGCUGCAUCAGGCAGGUCGAACCUUGCUGCCCUAUUAAGAGCGGAGGCAGUGAGGAGAAGAUUCGAAUUGGAAGCAGCACGUCGUCUGUCGGAGCAACGAAGGCGUAUGGAGAUGAGGCAACGAGACCGUUUAUUACGUUCCAAACCCGCCUGGCAUCUUGUAAAGAACAACCACGAGGAAGACAUUGCGAUGAGAUUGCAAACACGUCGCGAUGAGGAAAAAAUGAGACGAGAAGAAUUUCUACAUGAGAUGGAGCUUAUGUAUGGCAGAGUCCAUGAACAACCCAUGCUCUUUGAGAGAUACUACGCGCCGAGACCUUACGCUGCACCGGUGGACAGUAUACAACUGUCUCCAAGAAAAUCUAAAAAGAAAACCAAAAAGAAAACUUAUCAUUUCACUAGUCCUAACAGAUCCAGAAAAGUAUCUAUAAAUGACACGGCAGAAACAUUUAAUGGGGAUGUUUCAGAAUAUCUGAACAGAAUCGACGACGAUAAAUUAUACUCAGAUUCAGAGGCUGCGAUCGAUAGCUUAGAUGGCGCAAAGUUAUAAUUGCACAUAAAAAUAAACAGUUUCAUAAUCUU